AGGGCAGCCUCCUCGCCACUUCCUCUUCCUCGUGUUUCACUGCUGCCACUUCUGCGCAGAGAGAGAGAGAGAGGAUGAAGUUGAUAGCGCACAACAUGCUCUCGUGCAACAUAAAAGGCGUGACGAAUGGAUUCCCUCUUCGGAUCGAGGCCGAGAAGGUGAUCGAGAAGGAGGUCGAUUUCAACCCUGAUUUCCUCAAGCACAUGUUCGCCAAGAUCGAAUGGAAGGCUCUUGUGGACGCGGCACGUUCCUUGGGAUACUCCGAACUUCCAGAGUCUGCGCCUGACGCGGCGGCGUUGGAUUCAGACGAGCCCUUUCUCAGGAGGUUCCACCACGCGUUGCUCGAGCUCACUCUCGAGGAAGGCGCGCUCGUCUGCCCGGAGACUGGUCGGAAGUUUCCGGUCAACAAGGGAAUCCCCAAUUUGCUUCUCCACGAGGACGAGGUUUGAUUUGAAUAAUAUGUCCUUGUAAGUUUCAUCUAGGGUUUAUGGGGGGGUUGAAUCCUGCCGAUGUUGGUGACCUUAAAUUAUUAAUGAGAUGCAAUCCAAUGCGAUAUAUCAUAUUCUUGAACAAAAAAAGUUUUAUUUUACCUUCUCUGUGUCCUUACCGGAUCCUAACCUCUGUGUUACAAGAUUGUGGUGAGAAAAAAGUGCGUUAACAUCAGUAGCUUUCCAAAUUGCUGACUUUGCCCUAAUUUUUGGAUCUCUGAUCUAGAAGGGACUUGCAUAGUUGUACUGUACUGAAGAAGGCUAUUAGAGAUUAAGUUCUGAGAAUGACCCAGAUGGUGGAUUCUGCAAAUCUUAUUUUCCAUUGUAUUAGCUUCGUGCAACAUUGUUAGUUUCUUCUCCUGA